AAACAUUGCGCGCACGCGUACUUUAGGGUUCCGAAGACUAGUCUUCCUGUGCGGAGGUGAAACGUUGCUUUACCGCUAAAUUGAAAACGGAAAAGAAAAACACGUAUUCUGUCAGCACAAGGCCAGUAGGGUUCUGCCACCAUGGCAUCAGACUCUGGCACUCAGAGUCCGGGCUCUGGGAUUAUGACUUUCCACCCCUCCAAGGAUGAGUUCAAGAAUUUCAGCCGAUAUAUUGCCUAUAUGGAGUCACAAGGAGCUCACAAAGCUGGGAUGGCAAAGGUCGUGCCUCCUAAAGACUGGAAGCCGAGGCGUUCCUAUGACGACAUCGACGACCUGGUGAUCCCGGCCCCCAUUCAGCAGGUGGUGACCGGUCAGUCAGGCCUCUUCACCCAGUACAACAUUCAGAAGAAGCCCAUGACCGUGCGCGAGUUUCGCAAGACCGCCAACACAGACAAAUUCUGCCAUCCGCGAUAUGUGGAUUUCGAGGAGUUGGAGAGAAAGUACUGGAAGAACCUCACUUUCAAUCCACCGCUGUAUGGGGCAGAUGUGAAUGGGACUCUCUAUGAUUCUGACGUGACCGAUUGGAACAUCGGACGCCUGAACACCAUCCUGGACACAGUGGAACGGGAGAGUGGGAUCAAGAUCAAAGGGGUCAACACUCCUUACCUCUACUUCGGAAUGUGGAAAACCACUUUCGCCUGGCACACUGAAGACAUGGAUCUCUACAGCAUAAAUUACCUGCACUUCGGGGAGCCUAAGUCCUGGUAUUGUGUACCCCCGGAGCAUGGGAAACGUUUGGAACGCCUGGCCAAAGGUUUUUUUCCUGGAAGUGCUCAGAGCUGCGAAGCCUUCCUCCGACACAAGAUGACGUUAAUCUCCCCGUCCAUCCUGAAGAAGUAUGGCAUUCCGUUUGAAAAGAUCACUCAGGAAGCUGGCCAGUUCAUUGUGACAUUCCCCUAUGCGUAUCACGCUGGCUUCAACCACGGCUUCAACUGCGCCGAGUCCACCAACUUCGCCACUCAGCGCUGGAUUGAGUACGGAAAGCAAGCAACCCUGUGCACCUGCAGAAAGGACAUGGUGAAGAUCUCCAUGGACGUGUUCGUGCGCAAGUUCCAGCCCGACCGCUACAAGCAGUGGAAGGCGGGGAAGGACACCGCGUCCAUCGACCACUCCAAGCCCACGCCUGAGGCGGCCGAGUUCCUGAAGGAGGAGGGCCAGGUCAGCUCCCAGGGGGCGCCCAACGGCGAGGAAGGCGGCGAGCUCGGCUCCGACACCGAGGGAGAGAAAAGCCCUUCCAAACAGAGGCUUGGAACAAAGAGACCCCGGCCUUGUAUGGAUGUUCCAGAGGAGGUGGCCCCCAAGGUGGAGAAGGAGGAGAAGGAUGAGGAGGAGGCAGAGGAGGAUGAGGUGGAGGAGAAAAAGGCCAGGCUGACCCAGCCAGAGCAGGCCAGUAAGGAACCAGGCCCGAUGGACACAGAUGCUUCCCAGGUACCACAAGCAAAGCAGGAGAACGAGGGUGAGGGGCAGGCUCACCCGGACAACAAUGCCCCCACCGGCCACGGGGACGCCAGUAAUGCCACAAAGGGAGAGGGAAGGAUGGAGCCCCCUCCCCCCCGUCCGCCCCCCAGCCCCAGCCCGGCCCACACGCUGUUCCAGAGGACGCUGAGCCCCGCCGAGGCCCUGCACGAGGCCCUGCACGUCCACAGCUACGCCAAAGGGGACUACUGCGAGGCCGAGGCCCCGUCCCGGGAGGAAGACGCCCCGGCAGGGCCGCAGAACAACGCCAAGCAGGGGGCAGGAGAGGACACGAAGAGCGGGAACCUGAAGAGUGAGCUCGCUAAGCUGCCCCGACUUCACCCCUUGAUAAAGGACUGCUUCAGUGACGAGGAGCUCCAGGAGCAGGCUUCUGCAGAGGAGGAGGGUUUGGAGGGAGAAACCUGGGCCAAGCCCCUCACCCACCUCUGGCAGAGCAGGCCUCACAACCUGGAGAAGGAGAAGGACUACAACCACAGGAUGGGUCUGCGAGCCCCCUACUGCGCUGUCUGCAUGCUGUUCCAGGCCUACCAGCAGUCCGAGUGUCCCGACAGUGCCCAGAGUCCUGUCGAACCCACCAGAGGUCAACUCAGGACCAAGCCUCUGAUCCCGGAGAUGUGCUUCACCGCCACAGAGGACAACUCCGAGGUGCAGUUCUCUGCCCCCUACCUGGAAGACGACGGCACCAGCCUGCUGGUCAGCUGUUCACAGUGCAGCGUGCGGGUGCAUACCAGCUGUUAUGGUGUGGCCCCAGACAGGGUGUCUGAAGACUGGAUGUGUGCUCGCUGCAAGGCCAACGCCAUGACUGAGAACUGCUGUUUGUGUACUCUGAGGGGAGGCGCCCUUCACCGAGCCAACAAUGACAAAUGGGUGCACGUUCUGUGCGCUGUGGCAGUGCUGGAGGCCCGUUUUGUGAACAUCACUGAACGCAGUCCAGUGGAUCUCAGCGGGAUACCCUUACAGAGGUUUAAACUGAAGUGCUACUACUGUAAGAAGCGGACGAAGAAGACAUCCGGCUGCUGUGUGCAGUGCUCCCACGGGCGCUGCCCGACGGCCUACCACCCCACCUGCGCCCAGGCGGCCGGUGUCCUCAUGCACCCGGACGACUGGCCCUUCGUCGUCUACGUCACCUGCUGCCGGCACAAGGGUCCCAUCCACACCGAGCGCAACAAGGCUGCCAUGCGGGAACUGGCAGUGGGCCAGAGGGUGAUCUGCAAGCACAAAAACGGCCGCUACUAUCAGUGCGAGGUGGUGCAGCUGACCAAAGAGACCUUCUACGAGGUCAACUUUGACGACGGCUCGUUCAGCGACAACCUCUUCCCGGAGGACAUUGUGAAUCGGGACUGUGCACAGCUGGGGCCCCCUCCGCAUGGAGAGGUUGUGCAAGUCCGCUGGACAGACGGCUUGGUGUACGGAGCCAAAUUUGUGGCGGCUCACAUCAUCCAGAUGUAUCAGGUUGAGUUUGAAGAUGGGUCUCAGCUAACCGCCAAGAGAGAUGACGUCUACACUCUGGAUGAGGAGCUUCCAAAGAGAGUAAAGUCACGGCUGUCUGCGGCUUCAGACAUGCGCUUUGAUGGGAUCUUCACCGGGAAGGAAGUCAUACAGGAGUCCAAGAGGCAGCGGGUGAUUAACUCACGGUACAGGGGGGACUACAUCGAGCCUGUGAUCUACAGAGCCAUCAUGGAGUAAUUGACCAAAAAUCACCCCCCCCCCCCAGAGACCCACCAGCACUGACGUUCAGGAUAUGUACCCCUUAAACCUUAAUUUAUUCGAGUGCAGCUUUUUUGGACAGAUCCUGUCUCCAGAAGUCUUUCAGUCCGGCAUAUUUUUUCAAAAUGUUCGACAGGAUAAUACUACAGGUACAGAGUUGAGUAGUACCUAAAUGGCUGGCUACAGCUCAAGCUGAAAUUGGGAAGUCAGCUGCUGAAUCCUAGUUUUUAAAGUUUUGUGGGGAAUCUUGCCAUAUGCAACAGGGUUUUCUGUUAAAGGAUCAGAGCUAGAGAAAAUUUCAGAUCCAAUUUUCAGAAAAUGUUACCUGUUGGUUUUAUUUAUUUUCCACAGCAUUGGGGUUUUGCUUCUGCCAGCAUUUGGUGAAAAGAAUAUGCCAUUUUAUUUGAAUGACUUUUAAGCUUUUAACUCCAGAUAUAUCCUAUGGACAGUUGGCUCCAUUUCUAAAGCUAGUAUACUCGUAGGAUGUACGUAUUACAUAGCAUUACAUUUCUCAGUUUUUAAUGCCUUAUGUAUUAUAAGGCACUUUGAAAGAAAUAACCUUGCAAUACAUUCAUUAAUCAAUAUCUUUAAAUAUGACUUCUAAAAUUGUAGCUCUUUUGUUAACGCAGGUAGCAAAUGCUUCAGAACUGAUAAUGCACAAAAAUGUCCGUUUUUAAUUCUGAUGAUCAGUUGAUGAAAGCCUAGCCUUAAAUUCCAAGGGCUCCUCAUCUUGCCACUGGGUUCAGUGUUCCAUUUGGUCUAUAUUUAAGUCCAAGAAUUUGAAAAAAGGAAAACAAAAGAAAAACGUUUUAAAGUUUCUUGUUGUAGUUUUAAUCUUGGUGAAGAAAGAACCUGUAUAUACAUAUAUUUAUAUAUUUGUUAUCUGAAUAAGUCGUUUUGAAAUUCAUGAAUUUUGAAUUCUGAAGCUCUACUUAUCUGAAUUUUGUGUUGGUGUGGCCCAUGUUUAUCAUUUUUAAAAAUGCACUUCCAAGAGGAACAGAUUCAAGCCUGGCAGUCUUACCGAAUUAUAUGUAAAAGGCCUUGUAAUACAGAUUAAAUGAAACUUGGCAGUAGCCCAUCUCUGCAUACAGUAGGUAAAUUUAAAAGAGAGGACAUAUUUAACAUUGAGACGGAACACUGGGCGAAACCUAGAAGUGUAAUGUGUUUUUUGUUUGUUUUUGUUUUUGCUAAAAAGCCUUUUGUUUAUUAUUCUAUUCUGUGUGCUAAAUUGUAUUUUAAUAGAAUAUAUGUAGUUUAUUUAAACUGUGUACCUAUAUGGCUACAUGUUGUGUCACUUGUCCUUGACCAUUUACUCAAAGUGGUUGCCUGCCAUUUUUAAAACCGCUGUUGUUUUUGUUUUUUCUUCAGUGCUCGACACCACUUAGCCAAGCAUAUCAGUUCAUUUUAUAAGCACCGUUCAUAUAUUAUUUGCGUCAGUAAAGGAUUCAGGAAGGCGCAUUCUA